ACGGAAUCCCUGCCAUUAGCAUCGUCGUCGUCAUCAUCGCCUCCACUUUCUCUCUCUCUCUCUCUCAUCUCUGAAACGAACAAAACAGAAAAAUCACAGAAGAAGAUAUUAUUCUUCAUUGAAGAACUAAUCAAUUGAGGUACGUACAACAUGAUUUGACAUCGGGAUAUAUAAUACAGCGAUAUGGAUGUGUAUAUGUGAAUGGGGAAGUAUACAAGGAAGUGUAGUGAUCAAGGUUGUGAGAAUAUUUCGGUAAUGGAGGUUGCACCGGCGGGAGUAAGGACUAGAGGAAGAGCUAUGGCGACGGCGGAGGAGGAAGCGGUUGAUAAUUCUGGAUCAGCGAAGAGGAUGAAGGUCGUCGGAAAUGGAGAAUUGAGGUUGUCUUCUUCGCGAAUUACAGAUAGUGACGGUGGAGAUGUGAUUACUACAUUGAAGAAUUACGGUGAUUCCGCCGUGGAGGAAUUGAGAGAUUUUUCCGGUGAUAUUCCGGCGUCUUGUUGUUCGAGUAACGGAUCAGUUACGGAGAUAUUGAAAAGUGCAGAUCUGGAGGAGAGAACUGGAGUUGAAACAACUAUGACAUACAAAAUGAACAGAAGAGAAAGCACACAAACAAGCGACCUCAAGGCGGAAUCCGGCGAACUACACUCAACAAAUACAUCAAAACCGUCGGUGGUGAUCGAUUCUCGCCGGAAAACACCACCAGCAGCUGAACUUGAAGAAUUCUUCGCUAAAGCAGAAGAAAACCUCCAUAAACAUUUCAAAGACAAGUAUAAUUACGACAUUGUAAAUGACGUUCCAUUGAAAGGUCGUUUCGAAUGGGUUGAACUAAAGCCAUGAAGACGAAGAAGAAGAAGAUGAUUACAAAACCUAAUUGAUGUAAAAAAAAAAAAAAAAAAAAAAAAAAAACAAAAUUGUUUCUAAAAUUUAGAAACAGAAGUGAAAAGUACAGUAGUACCAGAGUACGUAGUGCAUUUUAAUUGAAUCGAGAUGUUUAAAAUUUGUAGUUGCAUUCGCAGUAUAAUUAAUCGAUGAUGGGGUUCAUGAAUUC